CCCAGGGACAAAGUGUUCUCUUCUUUCCUUCUCCACACUCUCUGCAAAAAUGCCACUCUCUCUCGUUACUAUGGCGUCUCCAUUAACACUUUCGCGUAUAAAGCUCUUACUAAAUCCACCUUCGCUUUUCUCCGCACUCACCAAUCUCCGUAGAAACCAACUUCCACUCAAAUCGCCGUUUACGACUUCUUCCAGCGCAAUAUCAUCCUCUUCGAAACGCCACGCCGAUGUCGUCGUUUUGGGCAUCGAAACUAGCUGCGACGACACCGCCGCGGCUGUCGUAUGUGAGAAGUGACGGUGAGAUUCUGAGCCAAGUGGUGUCAUCUCAGGCAGAUCUGCUUGCAAAGUAUGGAGGAGUUGCUCCAAAAAUGGCAGAAGAAGCUCACUCACAAGCUAUAGACCGGGUUGUGCAAGAAGCCCUUGAUAAAGCUUAUAUGACUGAGAAAGAUCUCACUGCUGUUGCUGUUACUAUUGGUCCUGGAUUGAGUCUCUGUCUUCGUGUGGGGGUUCAGAAAGCCCGUAGAAUUGCUGGCAGAUUUAGUUUACCAAUUAUUGGCAUACAUCACAUGGAGGCUCAUGCUCUGGUGGCCAGGUUAAUUGAGAAAGAUUUGCAGUUUCCUUUCACGGUCCUACUUAUUUCAGGGGGGCACAAUUUACUCAUUCUUGCACGUGAUCUUGGACAAUACAUACAACUUGGAACUACAAUAGAUGAUGCUAUUGGUGAGGCAUAUGACAAAACAGCAAAAUGGCUUGGACUAGAUUUGAGGAGAAGUGGUGGUCCUGCUAUUGAGAAGCUUGCUAUGGAGGGAAAUGCUGAAUCAGUCAAAUUUUCUAUUCCAAUGAAGCAGCAUAAAGAUUGCAACUUCUCCUACGCUGGUCUUAAAACCCAAGUACGGCUGGCAAUUGAGUCCAAAAAGAUUGAUGCCAAAAUUCCAAUCUCUUCUGCAAGUGAGGAAGAUAGAAUGUCACGGGCUGAUAUUGCUGCUUCUUUUCAGCGAACUGCUGUGUUACAUCUUGAAGAAAGGUGUGAACGAGCAAUACAGUGGGCAUUGAAGAUGGAGCCUUCUAUAAGACACUUGGUUGUCUCUGGUGGUGUUGCAUCAAAUCAAUAUGUAAGGGCCCGACUUGAUAUGGUUGCGAAGAAGAAUGGCCUGCAACUUUUAUGCCCUCCUCCUCGGCUCUGUACUGAUAAUGGUAAUAAUUUUUCUUAAUUUUGCUUUUAUUUGUGAAAGCUAACUCAAUACCGUGGUUCAUUACAAAUAUAACUGUCCGAAGUCAGAAUAAGUAAGGGUUGUGUUAGACAACCGAAUAAAAAAGUGGCCAUGUUAGAAUUGUAUAGAGAGUAAUCGAGAAAAACAAUACUACUGUGUUAUCAUGUAAAGAAAACAGAGUAAAAGUAAUGGGACAAGACUGAAGUGUGACCAUUGUCACAACAUUGAUUACUAUUAUGCUCUGCAUUAUCGACCCUCUAAAAUAACUACAGUGGUGUACUUUGCUUCUACCGAUCCUCUUGCACAGUUUGUUGCUCCAUAAUCUGCUCCCGUCACAACAUGCCAUCAACAAUCUUCAAUGAUUUCCUAUGACGGUAUGGGGAUUGUCAAGCCUUUUGUUCCACUGCUUCUGUUACACACCCCAAUAAUUCUGUCAUUAACGUCUUUUACUCUCUGGGCUCUAGAUCCUUCAUUUUGGAGCCAUUGAUCAUAUAUCUGGUAAUAAAUAUAUUUUUUCUUCUCUUUCUAUUUCUUGAUUUUUGCCUUGGCAAAUGGUUCUUAAACACAGUCCUAGAUAUUGAUAUUGUCCAUCCUAUGCAUUCUCUUACUAUUCAUAAUGUUCUUUACAUCCUUAGGGCUCCUUUUAAUCUAUUGUCGAUUAUUAAACUUACAAGGUCUCCUAAUUGUGUCAUUUCUCUUACUAAAGAUUCUAUUUCCUUGCGGAAUUGGAGGAUGGAACAAAUGAUUUGCUUUGGAUGUGAGUCUGUUAGGCAAUUAAAGGUUUACGUGAGAAGGGGUAAAAAAGGGAUGAAAUAAGUAGUGGGAGACGGUGGUUAGUUGGUUAGAAGAGAGAGAGGGAAUAUAAAUAACAAACAGAUUAAGGAGAGAGGGAAUCGAAUAUUAUUUUGGAAUUGAGACUGGACCUCUUGGCCAGUGGA